AAUGACUCAAACAAAUGCAACUCCAACAACACCAGCUGCUCCUACAACAACCAUAGCUGAACCAACUACAACCACAGCUGCACCUACAGCGACAACAGCCACUUCCACAACAACCUCAGCUUCACAUUCGACAACCAUAGCUGCAUCUACAGCACCAGCUGCUUCUCCAACAACAGCCACAACAGCACCAACGACAACAACAAUUCCUGUUAAACCUACAAUGGCUCCAACAACAAGAGCAGUUCCAACAACAACCCCUGCUAGUCCCACAGCAACCACAGCUUCAGCAACGACAACCACAGCUCCACCUACAGCGACCACAGCUGCUUCCACAACAAUCUCAGAUUCACCGUCGACAACCACAGCUGCACCAACGGCAACUACAGCUCUUGUUCCAACUACAGUAGCUCCUACAACAACAGCAACUUCAACAACAACCCCAGCUGCUCCCACAGCAACCACAGCUGCACCAACAAUAACCACAGCUCCACCUACAGCUACCACAGAUGAUAACACAUCGACCUCAGCAUCACCUUCAACAACCACAGCUGCACCUACAGCAACAGCUUCUCUCACAACAACCACAGCUGCACCAACGGCAACAACCGUUCCUAUUACAACAACAAUGGCUCCAACAACAACAGCAGCUCCAACAACAACAGAAGCCCCAACAACAACACCAGCUGCUCCUACAACAAGGAUAGCUGAACCAACUACAAACACAGCUCCACCUUUAUCGACAACAGCCACUUCCACAAUGACCUCAGCUUCACUUUCGACAACCACAGCUGCACCUACAGCAACAGCUUCUCCCACAACAACCACAGCUGCACCAACGUCAACAACUGUUCCUGUUACAACAAUGGCUCCAACAACAACAAUGGCUCCAACAACAACAGAAGCACCAACAACAACCCCUGCUGCUCCCACAGCAACCACAGCUGCAGCAACGACAACCACAGCUCCACCUACAGCGACCACAGCUGCUUCCAGAACAAUCUCAGAUUCACCGUCGACAACCACAGCUGCACCAACGGCAACUACAGCUCUUGUUCCAACUACAGUAGCUCCUACAACAACAGCAACUUCAACAACAACCCCAGCUGCUCCCACAUCAAACACAGCUGCACCAACAAUAACCACAGCUCCACCUACAGCUACCACAGAUGCUAACACAUCGACAUCAGCGUCACCUUCAACAACCACAGCUGCACCUACAGCAACAGCUUCUCUCACAACAACCACAGCUACACCAACGGCAACAACCGUUCCUAUUACAACAACAAUGGCUCCAACAACAACAGCAGCUCCAACAACAACAGAAGCCCCAACAACAACACCAGCUGCUCCUGAACCAACUACAAACACAGCUCCACCUGUAUCGACAACAGCCACUUCCACAAUGACCUCAGCUUCACUUUCGACAACCACAGCUGCACCUACAGCAACAGCUUCUCCAGCAACAACCACAGCUGCACCAACGUCAACAACUGUUCCUGUUACAACAACAAUGGCUCCAACAACAACAAUGGCUCCAACAUCAACAGAAGCACCAACAACAACCCCUGCUGCUCCCACAGCAACCACAGCUGCAGCAACGACAACCACAGCUCCACCUACAGCGACCACAGCUGCUUCCACAACAAUCUCAGAAUCACCGUCGACAACCAUAGCUGCACCAACGGCAACUACAGCUCUUGUUCCAACUACAGUAGCUCCUACAACAACAGCAACUCCAACAACAACCCCAGCUGCUCCCACAGCAACCACAGCUGCACCAACAAUAACCACAGCUCCACCUACAGCUACCACAGAUGCUAACACAUCGACCUCAGCGUCACCUUCAACAACCACAGCUGCACCUACAGCAACAGCUUCUCUCACAACAACCACAGCUGCACCAACGGCAACAACCGUUCCUAUUACAACAACAAUGGCUCCAACAACAACAGCAGCUCCAACAACAACAGAAGCCCCAACAACAACACCAGCUGCUCCUACAACAAGGAUAGCUGAACCAACUACAAACACAGCUCCACCUUUAUCGACAACAGCCACUUCCACAAUGACCUCAGCUUCACUUUCGACAACCACAGCUGCACCUACAGCAACAGCUUCUCCAGCAACAACCACAGCUGCACCAACGUCAACAACUGUUCCUGUUACAACAACAAUGGCUCCAACAACAACAAUGGCUCCAACAACAACAGAAGCACCAACAACAACCCCUGCUGCUCCCACAGCAACCACAGCUGCAGCAACGACAACCACAGCUCCACCUACAGCGACCACAGCUGCUUCCACAACAAUCUCAGAUUCACCGUCGACAACCACAGCUGCACCAACGGCAACUACAGCACUUGUUCCAACUACAGUAGCUCCUACAACAACAGCAACUUCAACAACAACCCCAGCUGCUCCCACAUUAACCACAGCUGCACCAACAAUAACCACAGCUCCACCUACAGCUACCACAGAUGCUAACACAUCGACCUCAGCGUCACCUUCAACAACCACAGCUGCACCAACGGCAACAACCGUUCCUAUUACAACAACAAUGGCUCCAACAACAACAGCAGCUCCAACAACAACAGAAGCCCCAACAACAACACCAGCUACUCCUACAACAAGGAUAGCUGAACCAACUACAAACACAGCUCCACCUUUAUCGACAACAGCCACUUCCACAAUGACCUCAGCUUCACUUUCGACAACCACAGCUGCACCUACAGCAACAGCUUCUCCAGCAACAACCACAGCUGCACCAACGUCAACAACUGUUCCUGUUACAACAACAAUGGCUCCAACAACAACAAUGGCUCCAACAACAACAGAAGCACCAACAACAACCCCUGCUGCUCCCACAGCAACCACAGCUGCAGCAACGACAACCACAGCUCCACCUACAGCAACCACAGCUGCUUCCACAACAAUCUCAGAUUCACCGUCGACAACCACAGCUGCACCAACGGCAACUACAGCUCUUGUUCCAACUACAGUAGCUCCUACAACAACAGCAACUUCAACAACAACCCCAGCUGCUCCCACAGCAACAACAGCUGCACCAACAAUAACCACAGCUCCACCUACAGCUACCACAGAUGCUAACACAUCGACCUCAGCGUCACCUUCAACAACCACAGCUGCACCUACAGCAACAGCUUCUCUCACAACAACCACAGCUGCACCAACGGCAACAACCGUUCCUAUUACAACAACAAUGGCUCCAACAACAACAGCAGCUCCAACAACAACAGAAGCCCCAACAACAACACCAGCUGCUCCUACAACAAGGAUAGCUGAACCAACUACAAACACAGCUCCACCUUUAUCGACAACAGCCACUUCCACAAUGACCUCAGCUUCACUUUUGACAACCACAGCUGCACCUACAGCAACAGCUUCUCCCACAACAACCACAGCUGCACCAACGUCAACAACUGUUCCUGUUACAACAACAAUGGCUCCAACAACAACAAUGGCUCCAACAACAACAGAAGCACCAACAACAACCCCACCUGCUCCUACAACAACCACAGCUGCACCAACGACACCCACAGCUCCACCUGCAUCGACAUCAGCCACUUCCACAAUGACCUCAUAUUCACAUUCGACAGCCACAGCCACUGCUGCACCAACGACAACUACAGUUCCUUUAACAACUGCAAUGGCUCUUACAACAGCAGCUGCUCCAACAUCAACCCCAGCUGCUCCCACAACAACCACAUCUUCACAAACUACAACCACAGCUCCAGCUACAAUGACCACAGCUGCUCCCACAACAGCCACAGCAUCAUCUUCAACAACCACAGCUGCUGCUACUGCCACCACUGCCGCCCUCACAAUGACCACAGUUUCUGCCACAACAACCACAGCUACUCACACAACAACCACAGCUACUCACACAACAACCAUAGCUGAUCAAACAACAACCCCAGCUGCUGUCACAGCAGCUACAGCUGCACCAACGGCAACCACAGCUCCACCUACAGCGACAACAGCCACCUCCACAAUGACCUCAGCUUCACCCUUGACAACCACAGCUGCACCUACAGCAACAACAGCUACUCCCAGAACAACCACAGCUGUUUUCACAAUAAUAACAGGAGCUCCCACAACAACCACAGUGGCUCCCUCUACAACAACAGCUGCCAUAACAACAAAUGUAACAACAAAAGCUUCUGUAACAACCAUCACUACUAGCCCUACCACAAUUACAGCUAACCUCACAACAACCACAGGUGCUCCAACGACCACCACAGCUGCAUCCACAGCUACCACAGCUGCUCCCAAGACAACCACAUAUUCACCAACGACAACCACAGCUUCACCAACGACAACCACAGCUGCACCAACGUCAACCACAGCUGCACCAACGACAACCACAGCUGCCUCAACAGCAACCACAGCUGCUUCCACAACCACAACAUUUACACUAACAUCCCCAGCUGCUGCUAUGACAACAACAGCCACCCCUACAACAACUACAACUGCUCACACAACAACCACAGCAGUGCCAACAUCAUCCACAGCAGCUCCCACUACACUCACAGCUUCACCAUCGAUCACCACAGUUGCUGCAAAGACCAGCACCACCCACCACACAACAACCAAUAUUUCAGCCACAACAACCACAGCUGCUGUAACUACCACAGCUACAGCUGCACCAACGUCAACUACAGCUGCUAAGACAACAACAACUGUUUCCCCAACCACCGCAUCCACAAACCCUCCAGCGUCAAAUGAAGGUGUACUUAUUCUAAUGUUCCGGAUGAACCGUAUGUUUAUGGAAGCCUACAAAGAUUCAAAUUCCUUGGAUUACAUUACUUUGGCUUUAAAUGUCACAACUGAGUUGACUCGAGGAUACAAGAAUAUAUAUCCUGUAAUCUUCCUCAGAUGCAUCAUCAUCAGUUUCUGGCCUGGAUCUGUGGGUGUGACAACCAACUUGAUCUUCACGAAUCAGUCAGUGGUCCCUAACCUUACAGAUGCAGUGGAAUCCCUCAAGACAACCAUCAACACGUCCACAGUUUUCUUAGAUGUUAUUCCUGGCAGUAUCAAAGCUGAAAUCCGGAACUCCCCGACUAAUGCUACGACUAAUGCUACUACUACUGAUAAGACUAAUGAUACGACUAAUUCUACGACUAAUGACACGACUACUCCUACGACUAGUACCACGACUAAUGCCAUGACUACUGCUACGGCCACUGCUACGACCACUGCUACGACCACUGCUACGACCACUGCUACGACCACUGCUACGACUACUGCAACCACCACGCCAGCAGCAGCCACGAAACCUACAGAGGGUUCACAUACAGGCAGCAGCGCUAUGGGAAGAAACAGACCUCAAGAAAUGGUCACUUUACUACUUGCUUUAAUGCUGAUCUAUUUCUUCUGAACAGAAUAACUCUAGGACUCAAUUAAACCCAUUGAGUAUAAGAUAUUCCACAAUAAAGGCAUAUCUAAAUUCAGCUAUUAAGAUUAAGAGAUGUUAAGAAACAUGUUAAGAAACUAAGCUAACACUGGCUUAGUUAAAGUAAUUCCUUAUCAUUAUGAUUAUGUUUAAAACUGUUAGUCUAUUUUGUUUUGUACAAAAUUGACCUCAAUAGAAAAUAAAUCACUAAAUAAUGCUGGUAAUGUGAUGAAGCUAAUUCUGCUAAUGCCAGAAACUGGAUUAUUGUGUGAAUGAAAGUAAAUGUGUUGUGUUUUGAUAUUUAAUAUUUAUAUUUGUUUUAGUAUAUCGCAAUAGCUUAUGAAUAAUGUAAUAUAGUAUUAAUAGUAGUAAUAUUAGUAUCAUAUGAUAUUAACUCAUUAUAUUAGAAAAUGAUCUUCAAAAACGUAUUCAGUAAUAUAUAUAUUUUCUUCCUUACUGUAACCCAACUAUUGGCGUACAUUGAAAUAUUUGGAAAUUACUUUGAAAACCCUUGAAUAAAUAAUGCCAUACA